CGUAGCGUCUUGCUGGUGACUCGUACCACUCUCCUUCUCCUCUGUGUCAGCUACAGUGAACCUUUUUUUUGGUUGUUGUCUUAAAUUAUCACAACUCAGGAAAUGUUAAAGCUUUUACAGUUAGUCGGUUACCAUCUUACGCCUUCUUGGCUUACAAAUAGAGAGUGCUAGAGAGAGGCAUAAGCAAGAAUAGUAAGCCUUCGUGAUCUUAGUAAUGCAAAUAUGGCUGCUGCAUUCUGUAACACCAACUUGGGGUCUCAUCAUGGACUCCUUUUUCUAAAUGCUUUUAAAAGAUCAUCCCAGUUUUGUCAUACCCCACAACAAAUUUUCGGUAAAAGACAGCUAGAAGUCAAGAGACAAAGACAAUGUGGACAGAUUUUUUGUGAGAGUACAAGUCACUACACUACUAAUGCAAAUGAAGGAGGAAAAGAGGAAGAUAUCGCGAAAGUAACCUUGGUAUGGAGGGCAAUCAAAUUGCCAAUUUACUCUGUUGCUUUGGUUCCUCUCACUGUGGGUGGUGCAGCAGCAUACUUGCACACAGGCGUGUUUUCAGCUAGACGCUAUUUUGUGCUCUUGGCUUCUUCAAUCCUUAUUAUAACUUGGCUCAAUUUAAGCAACGAUGUUUAUGAUUUCGAUACGGGAGCAGAUAAGAACAAGAAAGAAUCAGUUGUAAACUUGGUUGGCAGCCGUUCAGGAACCCUUUUUGCUGCGUACUUAUCACUUGCCCUUGGCUUCUUGGGGCUGACACGGACAUCUCUUGGGGCAGGCAAUGUGCAAGCAAUAUUAUUGCUGGCUUGUGCAGUCAUUUGUGGUUAUAUAUAUCAGUGCCCGCCUUUUCGGCUAAGUUACCAAGGAUUGGGUGAACCCUUGUGCUUUUCAGCAUUUGGUCCGUUUGCUACUACAGGAUUUUACCUAUUGUUGGGCAGUUCAAGUGAUAUGACCUAUCUGCCAUUAACAGGCACAAUUCUUUCUGUAUCACUCCUUGUUGGCCUCACAACAUCUUUAAUCCUCUUUUGUAGUCACUUUCAUCAGAUAGAAGGUGAUAAAGCUGUUGGAAAAAUAUCCCCUUUGGUUAGACUUGGAACAGAAAAAGGUUCUCUUGUAGUGAAAGUAGCAAUAGUGGCUCUCUACUCUCUUUUGUCCAUUUUCGUUCUAAGCAAUGCUCUUCCUUUCACUUGCUUACUUCUAUGUGACUUGACAAUACCUAUGGGAAAUCUUGUAGUUAGAUAUGUUGAAGAAAAUCACAAGGAUAAAGGGAAGAUUUUCAUGGCAAAGUAUUACUGUGUGAGAUUACAUGCUUUAUUUGGAGCAGCAUUAGCAGCAGGACUAGUGGCAGCUAGAAUGCUUGCUGAAAGAUAUCCUUCCAAGGAUAAUUUAUUUGCGAGUAUUAUCCGAUAUCCUUGAAGAUGAAUUAAAGAUCGGCUUUUUUGAUAAAUGAAGUAAAGAUCGGCCUGUUUUUGAUAACAAGAAGGAAUCGGUGAUGUAAUGCACUUAUAUUGCAGCCAUUGACCAUAUAAUCGGACGCACAAAUAGUGUCUUAAGCAACCAUUCUUAUCUACUGAUUUUCAAUACUGUUAUAUAAUAGUUUUUUGUCUGUGACAAACAUUUUGGGAACAUGGUAUUGCCCAGGUUUCUGAAAGAAGGUAACUUUAGUUUUUUAUUUUUUCUGCUAAGACAUUUGCUUCUUGCACCAUAUGAAUCACUUGGUCUCGUUAGAAAUGAAACAAAGGCAGCAGUUUACUCGAUCUGUUGCUCUAGUGUUCCACU